AAGACAAAAAAUAUUCUUUUCGGCAUUCAUUUAGCUUGACAAUUUUAGGUGCCUUACCUUGUCAUAUGAGACAUUCAUCCAUUCUUCACUGAAAGUCGCCUCCAUAUAUUAUUUUUUUGUACAGUAACAAUGCAAUGGUUUAGACAUGUCACGAAACCAUAGUAGUUCGUUUAAUAUACCUUCAAGUGUGUUAUAAAACAUUUCCUAAACAAUUUGACUACAAAUAGUUCACAGUAUUACAUUCGACAGCAAUCAAUAUAGAAGAUAAACAUGAAGUCAACGAGUCAAUAUGUUCGUAACAUCGCUGCAUCGUUUCGAAGUUCAACAGCUACAAAAAAGAAUAAACGUUCUUAUGCAACAUGUCCACAUGCAGUGGAGGCCAGUUCGCAUGUAACAGCAACACUAACGGAAGAAGUGAAACCGUAUAGUGAAGUUCCUGGUCCAAGGCCGUUACCAAUUUUGGGGAAUACGUGGAGGUUAAUGCCGAUUAUCGGACAAUAUCAAAUAUCAGAUAUAGCUCGUGUAUCUUACAUUUUACACGAAAGGUGGGGUCGCAUCGUAAGACUGGGUGGUUUACUUGGUCGACCUGAUUUAUUGUUUGUUUACGAUGCUGAUGAAAUCGAAAAGUGUUAUAGAAACGAAGGAGCGACACCAUUUCGGCCAUCCAUGCCAUGUCUGGUGCGAUACAAAGGAGCUGUAAGAAAGGAUUUUUUCGGAGAUCUUCCUGGCGUUGUCGGAGUGCAUGGUGAACAAUGGCGAGAGUUUCGCUCCCGUGUUCAAAAGCCAGUAUUACAAUUAUCAACAGUACGACGGUAUGUGCAACCGUUGGAAGAAGUUACGAAUUACUUUAUUGAACGAUGCGAACAAAUGUUAGAUGAAAAUAAGGAAUUGCCAGACGAUUUCGACAAUGAGAUCCACAAAUGGUCAUUGGAAUGUAUUGGACGUGUUGCUUUGGACACCCGGUUAGGUUGUCUGGAUCCGAAUCUAGACCCGAAUUCCGAGCCUCAACAGAUUAUCAAUGCGGCUAAAUAUGCACUGCGAAAUGUGGCAACACUUGAACUGAAAUUCCCAAUUUGGCGAUACAUUCCAACACCACUUUGGACGAAAUAUGUGAACAAUAUGAACUACUUCGUUGAAAUUUGUAUGAAAUACAUCCAAAGUGCAACCGAAAAAAUGAAAUCGAUGACUGCCGAAGAGAGGGCUGCUCUUGGUGAACCGUCGCUGUUGCAGAAAGUCAUCACAAGCGAAAAGAACGAAAAAAUUGCGUGUAUUAUGGCAUUGGAUCUUAUUUUAGUGGGGAUUGAUACGAUUUCUAUGGCAGUCUGCUCAAUUUUAUAUCAACUAGCUACACGACCACGGGAACAGGAAUUGGUUUACGAGGAAUUGAAAAGAGUUUUCCCGAAUCCGGAGACACCAUUAUCGAUUAAUCUUCUAGAUCAGUGUCACUACUUGAAGGCUUUCAUAAAAGAGGUUUUUCGAAUGUACUCGACAGUUAUUGGCAACGGACGUACGCUACAAGAAGACACAGUCAUCUGCGGUUACAAUAUACCAAAAGGAAUACAAGUGGUUUUUCCAACUAUUGUAACCGGCACAAUGGAGAAUUACUGCACAAAUGCUAACAAAUUUAAGCCGGAAAGAUGGUUAAAAAUGAAUCAAGGUGGUAGUGGGGAACACAUCCAUCCAUUUGCAUCGCUACCGUACGGAUAUGGAGCCCGAAUGUGUUUGGGUAGACGUUUUGCUGAUUUAGAAAUGCAAAUUUUAUUAGCUAAGUUACUGAGAUCAUACAAACUGGAAUAUCACCACGAACCAUUAGAUUAUGCUGUUACGUUUAUGUACGCGCCGGAUGGCAAAUUAAAAUUUAAGAUGAACAAACGCAAUGAUUAAAACUUUUAAACUUGAUUUGGUUAUGCAUAUAUUUCUAAAUAAAAAUUUGUAUUU